AUUCAAAGGGUUAUAGGAUGUUUGACAAUCCCAGCUUGUAUUACUCCACCAAUUAAUUGGAUACGUUUUCGGGAUGUUCGCUUCUCUCAUGUGCUACUUAGAAAGACAAAGGAGCCGCGGGGGGGCUGUUGACACCUCCGCGUCCACGGGGGAGUAUAAAAGAGGAGGAGACACCGGGGAGGACAAGUCACUUUCUCACUGCGCUCGGAGCGACAACUUGUUUCCCCUCUCGUGUCCAGAACUUCACUCCACAAUGCAGGUGCCGAGCAGAGCCUUUGGAUUCCCCAUGCGUAAUUACGCGCCGCUCUAUCCGCAGCACCAAGGAUACCAGCGCGCAUCACCCACGAAGCCUCCCAGUGGGAAAUCUUUCACCAUCGACGCUUUGCUCGCCAAACCGGAGGAAGCGAGCUGCGACAGAGCGAGUCCCACUCACUACCAGACCGCGGCUCCACUCGUGCCUCUGAGUGGACACUUGCCGGUGACCGCGGCUCCUUACAUGUACUCUCCAAACAUGCUGCACUCCGCUGUGCACGCGCAGCCCAGUGGAUACUCUGUCUACUGCUGCCCGCCCUUCAACUACCAGGCAACGUGCCGCGGAGCUUUUUACGCACAAGCCUCCAUGUCUAAGGUGAACGCCGGUUUGCACUCGUUCAAGUCCAAAAGUGGCAAGUCCAAACGCAUGCGCACCAGCUUCACCAGCGAGCAGCUGUCCCGGCUGGAGAAGGAGUUCGCGCGGCAGCAGUACAUGGUCGGAUCCGAGAGGUUCCUGCUGGCUUCCGCCCUGCAGCUCACUGAGGCUCAAGUCAAAGUCUGGUUCCAGAACCGACGCAUCAAGUGGCGCAAACAGAGUCUGGAGCAGCAACAGGCCAAACUGGCCAAACUGGGACUGGCUCCUCCGCCCAAGAGCCCCGGGUCCCAGGGCCACGGGGACGAGGGCGACGAGGACGAGGAGUUCUCCGACUCGGACGUGGACAUCGACGUGUCGGACGACUGCACCGACCACUGCUGACAGAAGACACCAAAGACUCUGUACAUACACGGCCGAGGACUGUGUGAUUAUUUAAUAGAUGUAUAGCUAUAUAUUUAAUUUUUCUACUUUUUUAUUAUUGCUCUUUGAUGAGUCCCAUGUUUGUAUAUUUGGAUGAAAUAUUCAGAA